GGUAUUAUUGUAAUAUGCUGUUGCAUAUCCAAGCAGACGGAGAAGAUAUUCACUGAAAACAUUUAACAGACAAGCUAAGAGUACGAUGGCUGUGACAGUAGACGAGCUGUUUACGAACGACCUGAAUGAGUAUAUGAAGGUUGCCGAAGAAUUGUUGGAAAGCAAGGAUCCUAAAACAAAGGCGUUUGUUACAGACAGUAUCAGGGACAUGCAAAAGUUUCUUCAAGUAAAACAAUUAAAGGCAGAAGAACAAUUGAAAACGGAGAUAGAAGAAGAUAAUGAAGAAAUCAAGUCAUUGAAACACCGGAUAACGAAGCUGCGCGAUGGAGGGGUGGAGAACCCAGGGGAUGAACCUUUGGACCCCUUGAAACUGUGGCAGGACCUGAAAGACAACGAGGGGAAAAAUAUCUUCCGGUACUUAAUCCCGGAAACUAAGGAACAAGUUCAACUCGUGCACGAGAAGUUACUCACUAUUCUUAAGAAAUCAUACGAAACGGCAAGACAGUUUAUGCAGGAUUCACGUGCGCAAAUCGUGUACCAGGUGAUCCAACCUGGCGCCGCCUUUGAAAGGAUUCUUGAUGGACAGACGGCUUUGAAAGCCUUCGAUAAAAAUGAGGAGGAGUUAAAUGAGUUAAGUGCCCAGUGCCAAUUCAAAGCAAUGCCGUUUUGUAUAAAUGCAAUCAAAAAGAACAUCAGAGACGCUAUACUAAGUAAACACAAACAGCUUUGUACAGUGCCUAACACCUCCGAUGAAUUCCAAAAGGCAAUGGAUAACUACUUUCUAAAAUGCAUAGAGUUUUCUUGGGCGGCGGCUUUUGAAGAGGAACCUCCUAUUCUGCUGGUCACUGAUCCGAACAAAGAAUGUCCAAAGCAACUUCUUAACAGCUUUGAGGGUCUCGAUAAGUUACAUAAACUGUGUACUGUGGAAUGGCCAGCCCUAGUUCAAGGGGAUUCUAUUAUUUGUCCGUGGGUGUUGAGAGAAAGAAAUCAGCACCGCCCUAAAGCUCCGCCGUACACUAAGGAAGAAUUGCUGAAUGUUGGUUCGCACAGAACUGAACCUGAACGCACCGUUGAGUCUCAGAUUCGGGUGGAGAUGACGUCACCGAUAUCAAGACCACUUCCAAAACCUCCAGAAACUGGAAAGGCGAACAAAUUUCAGGAUAAGAAUACUAAACAACCCAAAAAAAAGAUGCAACUACAGCGCAAAAAUGAAUACUAG